ACGACCCGGUUAUUGUAUAAGUACAAGUUUAUUUAGGGAGUUUUUGUAUUGUUUAAAAGUUAUGUUGUGUUGAGUUUUCUUUUUCUUGGAAUAGGGAAAAUGGAGCAGCAGGAUCAAGAGGUUCCUGCGAAUAGCGGGGAUAUUACUAGAUUGGGAACUAUUUUGGGCUCAACAAUAACAACGCAAUGUUAUCAAAAUCAAGAAAACUACAAAGUAAAUUCCGCAGGAUUCCCGGCGGACUGGAGGGAGUCCUGGCACCAAGAAGGAAAUAGCUGUGAAACCGACGAUAGCGAACAAUACGUACCAGAUACGGAUUUUCAAACAUCUUCAACAAUCAAUAAUGUUAAACCAGAAAAUAACGUUUCUGAAUUGAUUCAAAAUUUAUCAAAAACUUCAUAUUCCCAUCACCACCCAGUUUAUCAAGUUGGCGAAACUUUCGAAGGGAUAUACUCGGCGAGUUAUCAACAUACAGGGUGUUUAUACAGCGCGAAUUUCUAUAAUAGAACGUCACCUUUAAGACAAACCUCGACGGAUUCCGUUCCUGGGACGUCUUCCCCGCAACCGAAUUUGACUCAAUUGCCAAUAAAACAGGAACCUGCCGAGCGGGAAUUUGAGAGUGCUAAUAGGUUCUCAUAUGACAGAAAUAAAUCCUUAAUUUCGACGAAAUCACCGUGGAAGUCGCAAAAUGAUGAGAAAGAACCAAAAACUGUCACAAAUCUUCAAAGUUCCGGAAGAAGGGGUUCUUUGCAAUUAUGGCAAUUUUUGGUAACACUCUUAGAUGCACCGGAUGUUAGCGCUGGAUGUAUUGCUUGGACCGGACGUGGAAUGGAGUUCAAAUUAAUCGAACCCGAAGAAGUAGCAAGGAGAUGGGGCGCCCAAAAAAAUCGCCCCGCAAUGAAUUACGAUAAAUUAAGCCGCUCGUUGAGGUAUUAUUACGAAAAAGGAAUCAUGCAAAAAGUUGCUGGUGAAAGAUACGUUUAUAAAUUCGUUUGCGACCCAGAGGCUUUAUUUAACAUGGCUUAUGGUAAUCAUUUGGAAUCGAAAUCUCAUCAAAAUCAUCUUCGCGCGGAAAAUCUUAGCACAAAACCCGAAACUCACCAUCUCGCUUACACAGAUAUGCUCAACUUAUAUAAUUGUGGUAUCGCAAACCCCUAUCAGCACCUCCACCCCUAUUUACAAGACGGAAAACACUCUCGAUACCCAUAAUUGAUCAAUUUAAUUUUUGAAACGUAUUAAGACGUGGUCCUUCCAUCGUGUACAGUAUAUUAUAAUAAAAGUAAUCAAUGUUAAUUAAAGAAUGUGUUAGAUAAGCGAUAAUAAAGGAAUUAAAAAGAAAAUAAAAUUUUGACUUUGACACAUUAACAUCGCGACAUCUAUAAUCUACAAUAAAAACUAAGCCGUAAAGAAAACUUUUAUCU